AUGGUGAAUAUGCAUGGAUUUUGUGCGCAAAGUUUGUGGAGUAAUACGUCUAUCGGGUACUCGUUCUCAAAUUCAACUGGUUUGUCUGGAGGUUUAAUAACACUAUGGAAAGAUGGAGUCUUGAAGUUUGUGGAGAAGAGUGAAUUGGUGGUUCCUUGCAAAGGUAAGAAAUUCUCAUGGUAUAGUGGGGAUGGGAGGUCCAUGAGUCGUAUUGAUAGAUUUCUUUUAUCGGAGGUGAUUGUUGAUAGAUGGAAGGUUAUUGGUCAAAAGAUUGAAGAGAGAGAUAUAUCGGAUCAUUGUCCCGUUUGGCUCGUGUUGGAUAACAACAAUUGGGGGCUGAAACCUUUUAAGUUCAAUAAUGAAUGGUUUUCUUUUGAUUCUUUUAUUCCUUUCAUAGAGAAGGAGUGGAAAGAGAUACAAGUUGAAGGAAGAGGGGAUUUCAUUUUGAAAGAAAAACUCCGUCGUUUGAAAGAUAGGUUGAGGUGGUGGAACAAGUACGUCUUCGGGAAGAUAGACCUGGAGGUGGAGGAGGAUGUGAGGGAUAUAAAUAUCGGGGAUGAUAGGUUGGAACUAGUCUUACAUGAUAAUUGCACCGAUGUUGUGUUAGAUAGGAAGAAGGCGACAAUUAGAUUUUGGUUGAAUUUGAGGAUAAAAGAAAAUAUGCUCGCUCAAAAAUCAAAAUUGAAGUGGUUGAAAGAGGGAGAUUGCAAUAGUAAUUUUUUCCAUAAAGCCAUGAAGGAGAGAAGAAGACAUAAUCAAAUUGGUCCAGUAUCAUCUUCGGGGAUUUUGUUGGAUUCGGUGGAGGAGGUGAAGGAGGAGGUUUGCCGUCACUUUUCAAAUAAAUUUUUGGAAGUGGACCAAGUAAGGUCAGUGUUGGGAGGAAUUAAUUUCAAUAAAAUUAAUAGAGAAGAAGUGUUGGAGCUUGAGAAACCAUUCCUUGAGGAGGAGAUUAAAGAAGCUAUUUGA